CAAAAGCCUCACAAUUUCUCUUUUAUUUCUCUCGAAAUAAAUACAUAUUAAAAUAAAAAAAAAUUCAUCACUAUCACAAAUAUCAAUAUAUACAUAUAAUGCACACAAGUGAUCUUGGUGAUCAUAUUGGAAUGGAGAGUUCUGUUGAUCUAGAAACUAAUAUUCAGCCGUCUUUGUGUGGUUCUAAGGUUGCCAUGAAUCGAAAACCUUGUGAAGCAAGUAAUCGAAGAACGUCGGGUACACGAAAGGAACUUCCUCCACCGUUGCCAAUACAAACUGCGACUGUGAUGAGACGUUAUUAUACUAAUGAUAAAAGGUUGGUUAUUACUGAAGAAAAAGUUGAGAGUCCAAGGCUUCAUUUUAUAGCACGUAGGUCACAUGGUCGUCUUACUAUUCAGCUUGUUAAUAAUAAUAAUAAUAAUAAUAAUAAUAAUGAUAACAACAUUAAUAUUAACGAGCUGAAUUCUAAAGACGACCUUAAGAAUGUCAAUGAGAAUGUAGUUAAUAAUAAUAACGAUGUAGUGGUGGAUGGUGGUAGUUGUUAUGGGUAUAACACCGCCAAUGUGAGAGUGGCGGCCAUGGGACCGUGUUUGUUUAUUAAUCAAAAUCAACUCCAUGCUAUUAGGCCACUUCAGAUAUAGAAGAUGACCAUGAAGAAAUUUUGAUU